AGAAUUGAAAAAAACAAAAAAAAAAAACAAAAAAGAAGUUAUAACUUAUAACGUAUCUGUCGUUAAAUCUGUUAAAUUGUUCUUACAAAACACAAUCGUAACAAAAGUCAAUUGGGUUCCCACGAAACUGUGGGGCCCAUCGCGACCAGGAGAAGAUGGGUAAGAGCUGGUUAACAUGUGUCUCCGCGGCUUGUUUAUCUCCAGGAAAAGACAAAAAGCAUCAAAAACCUGAGAAACCCAAGAGGAAAUGGUCGUUUGGGAAACAAAAGAGUAGAGAAUCAUUUGAAUUCCCUGUAGAGGAGACUCCAACGGUUGACCCUUCAUCUUCUUCUGUUUAUCAGCCGUCUUCUCCUCCUCCUCCGUUGCCGGAUUUUGCUCCUCAGCCAUCGUUGCCACCACCGUCUCCUCCACCUCCCCCUCCGGCAUCUGCCAGCAAUAGAGGUUAUGGUGAGUCUAAAGAAGCAAAGACUAAACAAGCUCUGGCUCUUGCAUCGGCUGUCGCAGCCGAAGCAGCUGUGGUGGCUGCACAUGCUGCCGCGGAGGUUGUGCGUCUCACGACCCCGUCAACACAUCAAAUUGUGGAAUCAAAGGAGGAAACUGCCGCAAUCAAGAUCCAAAAUGCAUACAGAUGUUACAAGGCGAGACGCACUCUUCGUGCGCUACGAGGAAUGGCCAGACUCAAAGCUUUGCUACAAGGAAGAUACGUUAAAAGACAAAUGAACGCGAUGCUUAGCUCAAUGCAAACUCUUACACGUUUACAAACACAGAUCCAAGAGAGAAGGAAUCGCUUAUCUGCGGAGAACAAAACUCGUCACAGGCUGAUUCAGCAAAAGGGUCACCAGAAAGAAAACCAUCAGAAUCAGAAUUUGGUUAUGGCGGGAGAUUUUGAUUCGAGCAAUAAAUCAAAGGAACAGCUCGCGGCAAAGUCCGUGAAUCGAAAAGAAGCUUCUGUAAGAAGAGAGAGGGCUUUGGCGUAUGCUUAUAGUCAUCAGCAAACGUGGAGAAACUCUUCAAAACUUCCACACCAAACAAUGAUGGACACAAACACAACAGACUGGGGUUGGAGUUGGCUUGAGCGAUGGAUGGCUUCUCGUCCAUGGGAUCCUGAAUCUAAUGAUGAUCAAGUCUCCCUCAAAAGCUCUCUCAAACGCGAAAACAGCAUCAAGACUUCUCCUGCCAGAUCUAAAACACAAAAGUCAGCCAGCCAAAGUUCUAUUCAGUGGCCUGUAAACAAUGAUUCCAAGAGCAAAAAGAGCGAGUUUACUAAUCGUAGACACAGCAUCGGUGGUGCAUCAUCUGCAAAUGCUAAAGAUGACGAGAGCGUUGGUAGCUCGUCAUCCCGCAGAAAUUCCUUAGAUAAUACACAAACUGUUAAAUCCAAGGUUACUAUGGAAACAACAAGCAACGUGAGUAAUGCGCAACCUGUGAAAUCUAAGGCUAGUUUGGGAACAAAAAAAAACUUGGAUAACAAGCAAGCUUUGAAAUUAAAGGCUAGGGUGGGAACAACAGGAAGCUUGACUAACACGCAAACUGUGAAACCCAAGGUUAAUGUCGAAACAACAGACAACUUGGGUUUGCAGAAUAAGAAGGUUGUGUCUGAUAAGCAGAAACCUCCGCAGGUAGUACUGCCAAAGAAGAGGCUUUCAUCUUCUACUUCUCUCGGGAAAACUAAGAUAUUGUCGGAUUCGGACAAAACAACAACAGGUGCUCCAAAUGGAGAGAAGAAGAAAAGAAAUGGUGGUAGCAGUUAAGCUAAAGUAAUAGCCUUAUGAUGUUGCUUUGGUGGCGAUUUGAUAGAGUUAGCAACUCUAAUUCGAGAUUUGUUUUCUAUCAACGCAAAUAGAAAA